UUCCCCAACUCUGCUCAUAAGUAUUAUAGGUACACCUCGUUGAUAGACUGUACCGCGUGUUUCAUUAAUAUAAAAAUAAUGGUAUACUAGUCGUUCUGAUUUAAUCACUCAAUCGAUUAAAUGAAAUUUCGUUACAAUGAUGUCCUCUGUGACUACCGAAUUGGCAAUUAUCUGCUUAAUUUUAAAUUCAGCUUGUUCAAUUAAAUACCCUAGUGACUUCGGUUCUACAUUGUUUUCAAACGAGAACAAUUUGAAUUUCGAUUUCAUCGUAGUCGGUAGUGGAAGCGCCGGUGCAACUGUCGCGGCACGGCUAAGUGAAAUUCCAGAAUGGAACGUCUUGUUACUGGAAGCCGGCGGGGACCCUCCCGAAAGCAGCGAAAUACCGUUCAACUUCUUCGAGCUACUAAAGUCAAAGUACGACUGGCAAUUUCGCACGGAACGUGAGAAGAACUUGUUCAAGUCACUAGAAGGCGAACGCGCUACUAUCAAUAGGGGAUUCACGCUGGGAGGAUCGUCUUCCAUCAACGCGAUGAUGUACUUUCGUGGCACGAAACGAGAUUUCGAUACUUGGGAGCGCCACGGAAACGUAGGGUGGGGUUUCAAAGACGUACUUCCGUACUUUUUAAAGUCUGAGAAUUUUAUCGACACACAACGGUUCAACCGUAAGAUACACUCGAAAAACGGCCCGCUCACCGUAAGUCCAGCCGUGGUUCUCGAUCCGCUCUAUACGGUUAUAACCAAAGGUGAGCGGUUGUUAAACUUGACCGAGAUAGAAGAUUUCAAUCAAAUCGAACCCACAAUCGGGUAUAGGAAUAUAGACACGACCACCCGUAAUGGUCUUCGGUGUAGCACGCUCAAAGCGUUUCUUUUGCCAGCCAGCAAACGCAAGAAUCUGUUCGUUUCAAAGUAUACCAGAGUCACAAAAGUCAUCGUGGUGAACGACACGGCUGUUGGCGUUGAGUUCGUCACACCCGAUGGCGAUUUCCGGUCGGUCAACUGUUCGAAAGAAGUAAUUCUGUCAGCAGGGGCAAUAAUGAGCCCACACAUACUAAUGUUGUCUGGAAUCGGUCCCAGAGACCAUUUGAAAAGUCACGGCAUCGAUGUUGUGAAAGAUUCCUCGGUGGGGUACAACCAUCAGGAUCACGUAUCGUUCCCAGGGUUAGUAUUUACCAAUCGAAAAAACGUACCCGACAGCGUCAAACAAAAAGACGUCGACGAUUUGAUAGGUAUGCUAUCGAACGCAACCGUCGAAGGCGAAGCUACCUUGGGCAUAACUGGCCUCGUUGGCUUCAUUAAAUCGGAUGACAAAUUGCAGUAUCCAGACAUGCAGCUGUACACCGUCAAGUACCCGUUUAAUACUACCAGAAAUACACGGAAUGGAAUGAGCGAUGUACAGAAUUUUUUCGGGUUUUCAACGGAAGUAAGCAACAUGUACGACAAAUUAAACGAGAAAAGCGACAUCAUAUUUAUAUACCCAGUUUUGUUGAAUCCAUCAAGUACUGGCCGAAUAACGUUGCAGUCAUCAGACCCAUUAGCUAACCCAAAAAUUGUUACGAAUUUCUUGUCUCACGACCAUGAAUACGAAGUCUUACUAAAGGGUGUAGAUUUUUUGGUGAAACUAUCUAAAACUGAGCCAAUGGUCGAUGCAGGCAUAGUUUUAGAACAGGCGAAAUUACCCAAUUGCGUGGAACACGAAUGGGGUACUAAAGAAUACUGGAUAUGUGCUAUAAAAAAUGUGGCAAGCCACAUGUUUCAUCCGGUAGGGGCAUGUAAAAUGGGUCCAGCACACGAUCCAUCCUCAGUGGUCGAUCCUACAUUGAGAGUAAUUGGGAUUAAUCGUUUAAGGGUAAUCGACAGUUCAAUAAUGCCAAUAAUCGUUUCGGUAAACACAAAUGCGGCAACUAUUAUGAUCGGCGAAAAAGGCUCGGAUAUGAUAAAGCAACACUACAACAAACAUACUUAACGUCGAUUUUUUUUUUUUUAAUGUUAUCUUUUAUAUUUUACACAGCGUUUAUGAUGUAAAUUUAAUUUGAACAGAUUUAAAACUUAAAAAUAAAAUAGACUAAAGCACAUAAGUAAUAUUAAAAAUAAAUACAUAUGUAAAUCAG